GUAUAAGUGUCAGUCAGACGUCAAAGCGCAUGCGUUUCGGUCGUGUUUGUUACUUUAGAUUAGGUUAUAUUAUAAGAAGUGGUUUGUUAUGUUCAUAGUAAACAAUUUAAUAACUAUAAAGUGAAGGGCAUUACAAUGAAGUGGAAAAAUAAGUUGUUUUUAUUAACUUUAAUAGCAAUUAAAUUGGUUGACGAACCUGCACCAGAAGUGACGAUCGCCCAAGGAACUUUGAUCGGUAAAAUCAGUAGCGAUGGAACGUUUUUUGAAUACCUCGGUAUACCGUAUGCGACAACUAAUAGUAGCACACGGUUUAGGGCUCCGGGUCCGCCACCUUCAUGGACAGGACUGUUCAAAGCUGUAGAAGAAUCUUCUUCAUGUCCACAGAAUUCUUUUUUUGGAGUAAUCGGAAAUGAAGAUUGUUUAAAAAUCAAUGUUUUUGUACCCGCCUUAAAUAAAAAAUCGCUUCCUGUUUUAGUUUAUAUUCACGGCGGAGCCUUCAUAUUUGGAAGUGGUGGUAAAAGUCUUUAUGGUCCUGAUUUUUUAGUUCAAAAAGGGGUUAUAGUGGUUACUUUUAAUUAUCGCCUUGGUUUACUGGGUUUUCUAUGUUUGCGAAUAAAGGAGGCGCCUGGAAAUGCUGGAAUAAAGGAUCAACUAGCAGCUCUGAGAUGGGUUAAAAAAAAUAUUGGUGCAUUUGGAGGAGAUUCCAAUAAUAUUACAAUCAUGGGUGAAAGUGCUGGAGCUACUUCGGCAUCUCUAUUAUUGAUUAGUGACGCUGCUGCCGGACUUUUCAAUAGGGCUAUCAUGCAAAGUGGUACGUCUGUAUCUAAUUGGUCGAUAAAUAGAAACCCUGUUUGGGUUGCUAGCUUACUAGCAAAAUCAGCGGGUUAUGAAACAAAAAAUCCAAAAGAAUUAUAUGAUAUAUUUUCUAAAAUGACUUAUCAGGAAUUGACAGCUUUACGAGCAAAAAAACCAUUGCAAUUAUUCUUUGACACGCAACUUCUUCAUUUACCCUGUGUGGAAUCAACUAUUGCAGAAGAAGAGCCAGUGAUUACCGACUUACCAUUUAAUUUAUAUAAAAAUAUAUCUAAAGAUAUAGAUGUUAUUUAUGGAUCGACAAGUAAAGAGGGUUUUCUUUUAAUAGCCGGGGAUACGAAUGAAACUCUCGCAGAAAGACAUGGUCGCUAUUUGUUUGCAUCAGACUUAAGGUUUUCAUCGGAUGAAGAAGGAUUUGUGAUAUCCAAAAAAGUAGAAAACUUCUACUUCGGUGAUGACAUAAUUAAUAUGAGUCAAAUAUUGAAAGUAGCAGAAUUCUAUACACAGUUAUAUUUUGAGAUACCAGCAAUAUUUGAGACUGAAUGCUUAAUUGAUAAGACUCAAUCCAAAGUUUACAAUUACAUUUUUAAUUACUCCGGUCAAAGAAAUUUCAUGAAAUUGCGAAGUGGUUAUUAUAAUGAGCCGGGAGCGAGCCACGCAGACGAUCUAUUUUAUUUAUUUAGAGGUUCUCUUAUUCCUCCUAUAUUUACAAAACAAGAUAAAAAAAUUAUUGACUACAUGACAACAUUGUGGACAAAUUUUGCAAAAUAUGGAGAUCCUACGCCUGAUUGGACUAAUUCCGUACUGAAAUGGGAACCUAGUAAAAAACACAACAUGAAGUUCUUAUAUAUUGAUGAUGUACCAAAAAUAGGAUCUAUGCCAAACAAUGACGCUUUUCAUCUUUGGAAGAACAUUUAUGAUAAAUACAGGAAGACCGAUAUCUAAUUUUUCAUUAAAAAUAAAUAUAUUUGAUUGUUUA